CAAUGGGUUUUCGUGUGGAACUUUGCGAAUCGCUAGCUUUUGAUAACCAAGCGCUCAAUAGCAGUAAUCAAAUCUGUCAAUUUUUCUACCAAAAGUGCUAUUUUAUUUUAUUUUUUUGUGUUUUAUGUUGUUGAAGCUAUUAAGGGCACUCGUAAGGUACCAAAAGGUCUUCAAAGGAAGGGUUUUUGCUCUGAAGCUCACGAACAGUUGAUACGAGCAUAUGUGUGAGAGAUCCUUUUUCUCGGUGGUCCAGCGUUGUCAAUGCUUCGUGUAAACAUGCCGAAAUGCUAGGUUGGAUGGUAACAAAACUCUGGAAAUACAGUCGUUUAAGCUCGGGUGAAGAUCGCAUCUCUUUUUUCCAUCAGUAGCCUGAGAUUCUGAAAGCUUUUGCUUUGAUCUCUGGUGACAGAAGUAGCUAAAGAUGCCCUUUUCGAGAGGUAGAAAGCAGGCGACCUCCAAAUUGCCCCACUUGAGAGGGAAGGGACCUGCGAUGGAGAAUGCCCUACACAAACAGGAGGAAGGCACCCAGGUGAAGCGUUCGCCUUCAUCUCCCCAGGGGGCCCCCAAAAAGAGGUCUGCAUUUGUGGAUAUUACAAAUGCCAGCAAAGGUCUGCCAACCCAGAACAAGAAGAAAGAGCCUGUGAAAUCCUCUGUCAAGAAGAAAGAGAAAAAUACUGUUGCUGCCAAAAAUGAGGCUAAUCUCAAGAAAUCUGGCUCAAUCACCCCUGAAGAGAAGCCAGAGAAACCACAGGAGAAGAAAGCGAUCGAGAAGGAGGCAGUGAAGCCCCAGGUUGAAGAACAGUGUUCACAGAUUCCAGAGGAAUUUGACAUCGAUAAGGACCACCUGCAGGACAGCUUCAUGACGGCAGAGUAUGCCAAAGACAUCUUUGACUACCUCAAGGCCCGCGAGGAAAAGUUUAUCCUUCAGAAUUACAUGGACAAACAGCCUGACCUCAACAGAGAGAUGCGAUCCAUUUUAGUGGACUGGAUGGUCGAAGUUCAGGAGAAUUUUGAGCUGAACCAUGAGACACUGUACCUGGCAGUGAAGCUGGCAGAUCACUACCUGUCUCAUACUGUGUCUGCAAGAGAGACUUUGCAGCUCAUUGGUUCCACCACCAUGCUGAUCGCAUCCAAAUUUGAGGAACGCUGUCCGCCUUGUGUUGAUGACUUCCUGUACAUCUGUGAUGAUGCCUACAAGAGGGAGGAGCUAAUUGCUAUGGAGAUGGACGUUCUGCAGACGCUCAAGUUUGAUAUCAAUAUUCCGGUGGCAUACCGCUUCUUAAGGAGAUACGCCAAGUGUGUCCAAGCUGACAUGGAGACCCUGACGCUGGCACGAUACAUCUGCGAGCUGACGCUGCAGGAGUUGGAGUUCGUGCCCGAGAGGGCAUCUCAGCUGGCUUCUGCGUGCCUGCUUCUGGCCCUGCACAUGAAAGACCUUGGUGGAUGGACGCCAAUCCUGCAGUAUCACACGGGCUACACACUGGCUGACCUGGUUCCCCUGGUUAAGAGACUAAACUUCUUACUCACCUACCCAACAGAUGACAAGCUGAAAUCUGUCAGAAGCAAAUACUCGCACAAGGUGUUCUUUGAAGUAGCGAAGAUCAAGACUCUGGACAUGAUGCAACUGCAUGAGGCUUUGUGCUGACCUUAACUGCUGCAGCAAUGGGGAAAAAUGUAAAAUAUGCAAAACAUGUAUAUAUUUGUAUCUAUUUUAUUUUGUAUGUACUGUAUUUUACUAUUAUGUAAAGAAAAGGCAUUGUUAACUCAAUUCAUAUUAAUUUUAAUAUCAGGAUAGUAAGAUUCUUUUCUGAUGUUCAUUUUAAAACUCAUGACGGUAAGACACUGAUAAUUAAACUAGGAAAACUGGUGUUGGAUUAUCCUUUUAAAAGACUUGUAAAGAUGACGCCUGUUUACUUCAGUAUUUUUAGCCCCCAUGUCAUUCCUAGUUUUGUUCUAUUGAAGGGUUUGUCAUUGAAUCAGUUCACCUUUUGAGACUCUUUCCCUCCAGGAGUAGAAAAUGUUACUUUAUGGUCUUUCUUGGCUCUCAGUGCUGAUUGAUUUGUGAAAUUCAGGCUCCUCACAAUAGAGCUAAAUUAGUUUAGAAAGGUUGUAGCCAAAUCUUGAGGUAAAGCUGAAUUAAUACAUUGAUGCAAAGACCAGAUGAAGACCUUGAGCCUUGUCAGAAAAUAAUUUGUGAAGUAAUUGCAUCACUCUUAAAAGGGGAAUUAUGAUGUUGAGCAGUGCAGUUCUGGAGAAUGACCUUAUCAAACAAACCAUUUGACUUCAGCAAAAAAGAGCUUUCCAAUCCUAGAGAAGCUCAAUGCCCUCUUAAGACAGUGCUAGAUAUUGGUUAGGUUAUUGUGUGAAUAUAAGCUUUUUGGUUUGAUGAAAGUUAUUGUAUAUCUGGAAAAUUGUAAUUGUGUGAGUUUUUGCUUAAAAAAAAUGUGAAUGUAUGUACAUAUAUUAAUAUAAGUUGUUAAACUAUUUUUGAGAAUUGUUAGAGAACUUUAGAUCUUAAAGGAUAAAUCCCUGGAGAUAUGUAUGACUAAUACAUUAAAAGUUACUGUGGAUGUGA